UGUAGUAUGGCGGACGGAACGUCGCCAUUCGUAAAAUACACACCCUCACGCUUUGACAGUCAGUGUGCUUGUACUUAAGAGCACUUUUCAUAGUGUAAUUAUAUUAACGAAGGUUUUACCAUGGUUGCGGCCAAGCUUAGUGUUCUCACGCUAAAUUGCUGGGGUAUUCCAAUCCCAGGUCUUGGCAGCAAAGACAGAGAGCAGAGAAUGAAGGCUAUAGCAGACAAAAUUGCAGAGGGAAUGCAUGACAUUGUGAUGUUGCAGGAGAUUUGGGAUGAGAAAGACUUUAAAAGUAUACAGCUCAGAGUUUCUUCUGUUCUGCCAUAUAGCCACUAUUUUCAUAGUGGAUUUGUUGGAAGUGGUGUCUGUGUGUUCUCAAAAGGUGAAAUAGUUGAAGCUUUCAACCACCGCUAUUACUUGAAUGGCUAUGCGCACAAGAUAUGGCAUGGAGAUUGGUUUGGAGGAAAACUGGUUGGGAUGAAUAAGAUAGUGUACCAGGGACUUGAAAUAGCACUUUAUACUACACAUGUCCAUGCCGAGUACUGCCGCGACAAUGAUGAGUACCUUGCCCACAGAGUCAGCCAGGCCUACGAACUGAGUCAGUUUAUCAAGCACACCAGCGGUGGCAGUGACCUGGUCAUCUUGGGCGGAGAUCUCAACUAUGAGCCAGUAGAUAUAGGGUACAGGAUUGUCAGGACCAAUGCCAAUAUGCUGGAUGCUUGGUUAGAAAAGAAAGAGUGGAAUGCUGAUGAUGAGGGUUAUACAUGUGAUGUGCCUUCCAACUGUUACACUAGUAAAGCAUGUCUUAAACUGGCACCAAAGGGGAAAAGGAUUGAUUAUAUAAUGUUCAAAAGCAAGUCAGGUGUGGUGAUGACCUGUGACAGGUGUUAUACCACUUUGGGACACAUUCCAAACACAAAGAUCAACUAUUCUGACCAUGAAGCUUUAGCUGCAGAUUUCACCAUUCACAAGUCUUCUAAAGACUCCCCAGGGGCCACUUCUCCAGGCUAUGACAAAGAACAACUGUUAAGAGAGGCUGUCCAUGCUCUGGACCGUGGCAUGGACAAAGUGAAACAAGAUAAGAAAAUAUGGAUAUUGGUUGGAGCAAUUUGCAUUGCAUUACUAUUUGUUACUGCUGAAUUCAAUGCUGACAUAGGGUAUGGUAUCCACACAGCCAUUAUUUUGCUACGGGUUGCACUUGUCUUAGCCAUGGGGUUCUGUGGAUGGAUGGCAUUUAUUAUGGACACCGUGGAAAUGAAAGGGCUGAUAGAAUCUAGACAGUCUAUUCUUUAUGUUAUGAAAAAAUGAAGUAAGAUUUAGUUUAACUGAAAAUUAGAUAAUUAGAAAAUGUAAUGAACUUUUUUCUGUGUUCUGUAAGAGAACAAUGUGUAGUCUCAAAUGAAAUAAUUAUUGUGCAAAAAUGUCUAAAUGUGUUUCCAAAAUCAAUUAUUUUAUUCCUUACAUUUAAUAAAUUUUAUAAUUGAUGUAUAGCCUCACUUAAAAUCCCCAUUAUGUUGUAUGGACCUUACCAGGACUUGCAGGUUUUGCGAUCAACUUACACAGUGAAAGCAGCAGUUACUCAAUCUUGGUACAUGUUGUCAUAAUUCCAUAAUUUGUGUAUUGUGUAUUGUCACGGCUUUAAUUCAGAGGGCUACUUAUGUGUAACAAAUGUUGAUUUGAAUAAUUUAUUUGACUAAUUGUGCAAUACGGAAUUUUUUUUUUUUUUUUUUGAAAUCGAUUAAUUGCUCACAUUUAUGUAUUCAUUUAUAGAUGUUGAAAAGUAUAGCUUAAAAAUAUUUGUUACAUUUGUUUUAUUUAGUCCUAAAGAAGUAACUUGAGUUUGUAAAACAGAACAAGGAUCUGAAAGAAACAAAAUUUAUUGAGAUUGCUGAGA